GCGGCCGCCCUACCUUGCCCUACUGGGUCCUCCGCCCGUGCUGUCAAACAAUUUGUAAUGACUGAUCCGGGUCAGGUCGCAGAAUCGAACCAUUCAGGAGCAGAGCAGCUUGAAGGAAAGGAACCUGUUGGCAAACAAGCGAUGCCAGAAGGAAGACUGCAGCCGAUUGGUGAAAAUUAUCAGGAACAGGCAUCAAAUGUUGACACAAUCACAGAAGGUCUGUUGACAGAUAAGUCUGAUAAGGCUGAAGAACAAGACCAUUCACAUGAUAUUGCAGAAUGGAAUGAAAUGUCUAGCAACGAUACAAGCAGCGGAAGCGAUUCAGACAGCAGCUCGGGUAGUGAAUUAGAUACUGAACUGGGAAAAUCCUUCUACCCUAGUUUUGAGGCAUUGGAGAAUUCGAGACCACCAGAAGUUGGAAUGAAAUUUCCAACCCUUGAAGAUGCAGAACGAUUCUAUAGCACACAUGCUCUCCUGACUGGUUUUGCAAUAAGGAGGGGAUCAAAUUACAGGAGAAAGAAGUUUCACAUACUAUGCAACAGAAGUGGCAAACUAAAGCCAAUUCAGCAUAUGCAGAGGAAGAGGAAGAGUAAUGCUAUGGGCUCACAGUGCCGAGCAAAGGUGAUAGUGAAGCUCACUAACGAGGAAUGGGAGAUCACAGCAGUUCGGAGUGAGCACAACCAUCCAUUAUGCCCACGCCCAUCGCUCACAAGAUUCUUUUUGAACCACAGAUACUUAUCAACUGAAGAGAAGUCGUUUCUAAGAGUUCUGCAACAAAGUAGGAUAAAUCCAAAGAAAGCCAUGAAGAUUUUCCGGAGAAUGAGAAGCAACUUCAGAAACAUACCAUCAAAAGAGAAAGAUAUGAGCAAUUUACAGUGUUUAGAACAGUGGAGAAAAGAAAACUCAGAUGUUGAAACUGCACUCAAGCGCUUCAAAGAACUGGAGCUGCGGAACCUAGGAUUUUCCUACACCAUGCAAACAGAUGAAGACAACAUAGUUAGGAGUCUUUUCUGGACUGAUGCAAGGUCGAGGGUAGACUAUGAGAUUUUUGGAGAUUUCGUAUCAUUUGAUACUACCUAUAGCACUAAUAGGCACAAUAUGCCUUUUGCCCCUAUUGUUGGAAUGAACAAUCAUGGGAGAACCCUUGUGUUUGGAUGUGCCUUGCUACAGGAUCAGAAAACUGAAACUUUCAAAUGGAUGUUCCAAACAUUCUUACAUGUGAUGGGAGGGAAAAUGCCAAGAGCAAUUAUAACAGAUCAGGACGAAGGUAUGUCAAAAGCAAUUUCAGAGGUCAUGCCACAAGUGAAGCACAGGCUUUGCAAGUUUAAUGUGAUGCAGAAAGCACGGGAAAAGCUGGAAGUCUUCAUGGCAGCAAGGGGCAACAUGAACGCAGAGCUGCAUGGCUUUGUAGACAACUCAUUGACAGAACAAGAAUUUGAAGAUGCAUGGGCUGAACUCAUUGAGAAAUACGACGCAGGUGAAAAUGAGCACCUACGACUUAUGUGGGAAACAAGGAAAAACUGGGCGCCUGUUUAUUUCAGAGCACAUUUCUAUCCAUUCGUCGAAUCAACUGGACAUCAUGAGGGGGCAAACUUAUUAUUCAAAGAGAAUGUGCUUCCUAAGGACAGGAUCGAGAAGUUUAUUGAACAAUAUGAGAGGAUACAAGAGAACAUAGUAAAAACAGACGAAGAUGAUAUAUUGCAGUCGGGAACUGAACCAGCAUACUUCUCCUACCAGCCAAUAGAAAAGCAUGCAGCGCAUAUAUACACAAGGCAAAUAUUUCUGAGAAUACAGAAAGAACUAUUCUAUUCUACAGCAUUCAAUGUGCACGAGAUACAGGGAGGAUCGGUAUACAGACUUGAAAAGGUCUGCAACUAUGAGAACCCAGAGGUCGAUAGAAAUUCUUUCGAAGUGCUAGUUGAAGCUGGCACCUUUGCAUUCAAAUGCCAAUGUGCAAAGUUUACUAGGGAUGGAAUUUUGUGUUGUCACAUAUUCAGAGUUUUCACACAGCUCGGAAUUAAUGAAAUACCAGCGCAAUACAUACUGCCUAGAUGGACUCAUAGAUUCAAAGAAGAGCAGCUAAAAGAAUACAAGGAUAAAUGCUUGAAGAAAACAGAAAAUACAGCAAGAUAUGCAAUGUUAAUGACUAAAAUGGCAGAUAUCGGCAAGGGAAUAUCCAUGGAUGGCGCAAAAUGCAGCUGCUUCAUGCACGAGUUAGACAAGAUUCAAGAAAGGUUGGCAACGACAGGCGACAUCAGAAGAAAAUCCUGGAAAUAAUCAGUUAGAUAGUACUGAAUUGUGGACAAGGGCCCGUGCAAUGUGAAAUUUAGCAAGUUUAGUUAACUUAUGUCUUUGUCCAGGACGGAGUAGAAUCGUUAACAUGUUCAAUUUAGAGUAAGGUAGAGAGAUAAGAGUCCAGGAAAAGCUGGUAGUCUUAUGUGAGACUUAACAGUGAUUAGGAUUAGAUAUCUUUGAUCAUCCAACAUUUUACAUACUGUCUGGUCUGUUUUCUUCAGCAUAUUCCUCUUCCAGCUGGCAGCACCUUUUUGUUUUCAUUCAAA